AUGUUGGAGGCGAAGUCGGAGCCCAACGUCGUCAGCUACAACGCUGCGGUCAGCGCCUGCGGGAAUGGCGAGCAGUGGCAGCGCGCUUUAGCGCUGCUGAGCGAGAUGUGGGAUGCGAAGUUGGAGCCCGACGUCAUCGGCUACAAUGCUGGGAUCAGCGCGUGCGAGAAGGGCGGUCAGUGGCAGCGGGCUUUGUCGUUACUCAAUGAGACGUGGGAGGCAAACCUGAAGCCCAACGUUAUCAGUCAUAACUCUGCGAUCAGCGCUUGUGAGAAGGGCGAGAAAUGGCAGCGAGUUUUGGUGCUGUUCGGCAGGAUGUGUGAGGUGAAGUUGCAGCCCGACGUGAUCAGCUACAGCGCUGGGAUCAGCGCAUGCGUGAAGGGCGAAGAGUGGUGGCGAGCUUUGGCGCUGCUCAGGGAAAUGGUGGAGGCGAGGUUGAAUCCCAAUCCCAUCAGCUACAGCGCUGCGGUCAGUUCGUGUGGGAAGGGCGAGCAGUGGCAACGCGCUUUAGCGCUGCUGAGCGAGAUGUGGGAGGCAAAAUUUGAGCCCGACGUCAUCAGCUACAACGUUGGAAUCAGCAAGUGCGAGAGGGGAAAGCAAUGGCAGUUGGCUCUGGCGAUGCUUGGGCAGAUGCGCGAGGCAAAGUUGCAGCCCAAUGUCAUCAGCUAUAACUCUGGGAUAAGCGCGUGCGAGAAGGGCGGGCGGUGGGAGUUGGCCCUGAUGCUGCUCAGGAACAUGUGUGAGGCAAAGAUAGAGCGUGGCGUCAUCUAG